AUGAGGAAAGGAAAAGAAAAAAACUUAUUUACGUUCUAUGCCUGCUCUUACAUCGUAAUGUUCAUAUUUAGUUAUUACGUCCUGAUGUUUGUACAUAUAAGAAAGAUUUACAAAUAUAAAAAGAAUAUUUAUUUUUUUUAUCUAGGCAAUUACGUAUCUUUAUACAUUAUGAUUCUUCUUCUCCAGAUAUUCUUAGCCUCUUUUGACAGGCUGCUGUACAAACCAAGAAAAUUUAAUGAAAUGACAGAAGAAAGUCUUAAUGAAAUAUUCAACCCGUUCUUUACCCACGAAAUAUUAAUAAAAACAAUCAAGGUGGUAAGAAUAUGCAGUGAAUGCAAUGCAUACAAGCCACCACGAACACAUCAUUGUCAAAUAUGCGAUCUUUGUUUCACAAAAAUGGAUCAUCAUUGUUUCCUCCUCAAUGUAUGUAUUGGCCAUACAAACUAUAAGCACUAUUAUCUGUUCCUGCUGGUGAAUUGGAUGUAUAGCACAUUUUUGUUUGUAUUGUUCUUGCAUUACGUCAUUUCAGCUAACCAAACACCUGCAAGAAUGGCCUUCUAUGUGCUAGCAAUUAUUUCUAAUGGAAUUAUACUGAUAAUAGCGCUCAUAUUUUUGGUGCUUCAUACAAGAUUGCUCCUGUUCAACGAAACAACUAUCGAACGACUUGCCAUAGAUGAAUUUCUUGCCGGUGAUAACAACUAUGAAGGCAUAUUUCAGGAAGGACUGUUAAGUACUGAUGAAAACAUGGAUGUCCGAGAUAGAAAAUUGCUCAACCCGUACUUUCUAGGGUACAUAGAAAAUGUCAAAGAGGUCUUUGGAGACAAUUAUUGUGAGUGGAUCAUGCCGUACUUCACGGGUAGAAGCAAUGGUAUCUAUUUCAAGAAACAUUAAUGUAAUCAUCGAUACAGUGCCAAAAAACAUGUAAGACAGAAACAACGGCUGACAGCUACAGCUGACCCAGCUAUCAGUAAAUGCAUUUAGUGCUUCGGGUUGGAUGGCAUGUUGUUUAAAAGAAAGUGUUAAACAAAC